AUGUCUGAUUAUGACUCGGGAGAUGAGCUAUUGGGGAGUAUCAAUGUGGAUACUCUCAUUAGCGGAAUGAAGCGUUCGCGUUCUCCAGACGACGAACAAUCAGUUCGCGAGACCAAGCUUGCUAAGCAUUCCGAAGUACAAGAUCAUGAAUAUAUCGGAAAUAUUUCUAAGAAGAUCUUGAAGGAUGACUUUGGUUAUGACGAUUUCCGUCACGAACAAUUCUCCGCCAUCAAAAAUAUCUUGCAAGGCGAGAAUGUCCUGGUCGUCUUUCCCACCGGAGCCGGGAAGUCCCUUUGCUACCAAAUCCCUGCAGUUGCCUUCGAGAAGAUAGAUGCCCUGAGAAACGAUAGACAUGACCUAGGACCAGGUAUAACUAUUGUCGUUUCACCUCUUAUUGCUCUCAUGAAGGACCAAGUAGAUGCCCUACUGCGUAGACGCAUUUCCGCUGCUUGUUUAGACUCUACUAAGACUUAUGAGCAAAAUCAGCAAAUCAAUACCGACCUAAGAGAAGGUCGGCUAAGAUUGCUUUACUGCGCUCCAGAAAGAUUAAACAACGAGGGCUUCGUCGAAAACAUGAAGCACGUUUCCGGAGGCGUUCGGCUAGUAGCCGUUGACGAAGCCCAUUGCAUCUCCGAAUGGGGACACUCCUUUCGCCCUGAUUAUCUCAAGGUUGCCCGCUUCGUCGAUGAGAUCAAGGCUGAGAAGGUUAUCUGCCUUACUGCUACAGCCACUCCUCGUGUCGCUGAAGAUGUUGCGAAGGCUUUCCAUAUCAAGCAGUCCAAUAUAUUUCGCAGUUCUCCCUAUAGGCCCAACUUACAGUUGCUGGCCGAAUCUGUACCAACAAAGCAGGAUAAGUAUCCCAAGAUGUUCCAAUUUCUAAGAAACCACCCCGGUCCUACUCUCGUCUAUGUGACUCUUCAGAAGCAGGCCGAGUUGCUUGCAGAUGACCUCAAAGAUCAAGGUUUUGAUGCUGUAGCCUUCCAUGCCGGCCUCAAGACAGAAGCUAAGACACUUAUCCAAGAUGACUUCAUGGCUAAUAAAGUAACUAUUGUCGUGGCUACGAUCGCAUUCGGCAUGGGGAUCGACAAGCCAGACAUACGAAAUAUUCUCCAUUUCGACUUGUCUGGAACGGUAGAAGAAUACUCGCAGCAGAUUGGACGCGCGGGACGAGAUGGCAAAAUCAGCCAUUGCAUGUUCUAUAUCUGUCCGGAUGACUUCUAUAUCCGUGAGAAUUUCGCCCGAGGCGACCUUCCAUCACGACAAUCACUACGUCAGCUAUUGCACCACCUAUUCCACAUGGAAACUACCCAGGCGGCGGAAGGCGAAGUCAUUAAACUAAACCAGACAGCUCUAGGCCGAGAAUAUGACAUGCGUGCGAGCCCUCUCGCGAUCUUACUCGCCACAUUGGAACUACACUUCGGGUUACUCAGGGCUAUCACACCGGAGUAUGGCUCGUAUCAGUUCGAAGCGAUGUCUACCUACUAUCAUAUUGCCCAUGCCGACAAAUCCCAGGAGGGUAAAGCGAUUUUCAAGCACGCCAUAAAAGCGAAGAAGUGGUACAACCUUGACAUAAACUUUGUCGUAUCGUCUAGCGGACUACUCCGAGCAGACCUCGUACGGAAGCUCAAUGAAUAUCAUGAUAAAGGUAUUAUCAUGCUGAAAGUGGGUGGUGUCGAGAAUCGCUAUAAGGUCCUCAAGAAACUCCCCAAUACGCCAUACCAAAUUGACGCGAUCACGGACAAGCUGUUCGUAGACAUGGAAACUCGCGAGGAAGAAGCAUUAAAACGAACUCAACAGGUCAUCGACCUGAUCACCGGCGAUAAAUGUUUCGCUCUAGCCCUAGCUGAACACUUCGGCAUGGGACUUCCGGAUGAGAAGACCAAAUGUGGUCACUGCACUCACUGCUUCACGGGGAAACGUGUCAUAUUGCCACCCCGACCGAGUCUACCUGCCGACAUGGAUACUAUUCGAAGAGUUCUGGCAGCCUGUCGCGUUCGAGAUGAUCCUAGAUUCCUAGCUCGCGUCGCUUUCGGUAUCAAGAGUCCCCGAGUUCUUCAGUUGAAGCUCCACCAGAAAGAGAUAUUUGGAUCAUUAGUUGAACACGACUUCAAGGUACCUAUAAUCAACGAACCAAUUCUGAGUAAUGGCUUAACUAACGCAUUGUGGUAUAGUCUUUGCUGA